UUACGUAUAAAAGCCGACGGUUGAAAUAAAAAUCGUUAGACGAAUAGAGUCAAGAUGCAGCUCAUCACCACAACGAUCCUCCUGACGCUCGUCCUGACCGUUUCUAGUCGAGAAAUUGCGAGAGUUGUUGGUGGCCGAGAUGCUCCAGAAGGCUCUCAUCCAUAUCAGGCUUCACUGAGAUCUCGUCUUGGCUCUCAUUUUUGUGGCGGUGUUGUCAUUGACGAACACUGGGUACUGACCGCUGCCCACUGUAUCGUAUCAAAAUCUGCGUCGUCGAUUGUAGUUGUCGUCGGCACGAAUACACUCUCCAGGGGUGGCACACGAUACAAAGUGGACCUGGUGAUCCCCAACAGGAACUACAACCCCUCAAAAUUCUCCAAUGACAUCGGGCUAUUGCGACUCGUCCAGAAGAUGAGGUUCGAUGAAAGAGUCGCGCCAAUUUCCCUGCCAUCUGGUGAUUUCAAGAAAGUGGAUUACCCUGCGGUCAUCAGUGGCUGGGGCUCCACUAGACUCGGUAGUCCAUUACCUGACAAACUCCAGGAGCUGGACCUCAUCAUCAUCGACCAGAAUGUAUGCAAGGCCCAGCACAGCAUGCUCACGCAGGAUCACAUCUGCACUUUUACGAAGAUCGGAGAGGGCGCAUGUCACGGUGACUCUGGUGGACCCUUGACCUCUGACGGAGUUCUCGUCGGUCUCGUGUCCUUCGGGUAUCCCUGUGCUCGGGGAUAUCCUGACGUCUUCACCAGAGUUUGGACGUUCAUCGAUUGGGUCAAAGAAAAUAUGGAAACCUAUGACUAGGUUGCGCUGAAUUUUCGGUUCUUUAAAAUUUCGUUGAUAAUCUGGUUACGGAGUUUGUACAUUUGUAUUUUUAAAUAAACAUUCCUUGGUUGUGGAAUAAAAGAUAAAUAAAUAUUGAUUUUUUUCGGUCUAGGA